GCUGUUUUGGGCGUGGCUUACAUAUUCAGUAGUUCAGUACUCAACCCUAUGCAUAUGCAAGAUCAGAUCUUCAGAUUUUCACCCUAAGUGAUAGACUUUAGAAGUUAGUUUCCACUUCUUGGAGAAGAGGAAAACAACAUUCUGGCCUGCCCCUCCUGAAAUAUGACGAUUGCAGAAGAUCAGACUGACUCUCGUAGGAGUGAGCCGGUGCCAUGGCGAGCGACAUAGUCCUGCUAAUGAAGGGUCUGGCCAAGCUGAGCCAGGCAGUGCUCGAGACCCAGAAGAGUGCCCUGAGCCAUGGAGGAGCCGUGACACAAAGCAUGCAAAUGACAGCAGAGCAGGCCAUGAGCGUGGCCAUGCAUAAAAUACAGGAAUUUACAGGCCAGCAGCAAAGUGUGACAGACUUCAGCACAGACCUGGAUGAUAAGUACGCUUUUUCCAGCGAGGAGGACUACAGUGAGGGUGUGACGCGGAGAGAGCAGUCUGAUAACGCGUUCACAGAUGCCAGUGUGGACAGUGCUAGAACAUCCAGCCACUCAGGGGGCAAAUCCAAUGUUUUUGAGCGCUAUAAGGAUCCUACGAAGCAGUUCACAGGGACUCGCUCAUAUCACCAGGAUCACUCGUCUGUAGGUGGGCUCACGGCCAAAGACAUCAACAAAGCCAGGGAGGCCAAACGGAGCAUCAGCAAACCCCAUAAACAAAUGCUGAGUGAAAGAGCAAGAGAGCAAAAGGUUCCUGUGACACGGCUGGGAAGAUUGGCAAAUUUUGGAGGCCUCGCAGUCGGUCUUGGCAUUGGAGCGUUGGCUGAGGUGGCCAAGAAAAGCCUGCGUUCAGAAGAAAAGAAUGGAGACAAAAAGGCUGUUUUAGACUCUAGCCCGUUCCUGUCUGAGGCCAACGCAGAGCGUAUUGUCAGGACGCUGUGUAAAGUGCGUGGAGCGGCGCUCAAGCUGGGACAGAUGCUCAGCAUUCAGGACGAUGCUUUCAUCAAUCCUCACCUGUCGAAGAUCUUCGAGCGCGUCCGUCAGAGUGCAGACUUCAUGCCUAUCAAGCAGAUGAUGAAAGCUCUGAAUAGUGACCUGGGCCCAAACUGGAGGGACAAACUGGAGAUGUUCGAGGAGAGACCCUUCGCCGCUGCCUCCAUCGGCCAAGUGCAUCUGGCCAGGAUGAAGGAUGGCCGAGAGGUAGCUAUGAAGAUUCAGUACCCCGGAGUCGCACAGAGCAUCAACAGCGACGUGAACAACCUGAUGACUGUUCUUAGCAUGAGCAAUGCUCUGCCUGAAGGUCUGUUUCCAGAGCACUUGAUAGAUGUGAUGCGGCGAGAGCUGGUCCUGGAGUGUGAUUAUAUCCGGGAGGCCGAGUGUGCACGCAAAUUCAAGACGCUCUUGAAAGAUCAUCCCUUCUUCUACGUGCCUGAUGUGAUUGAUGAGCUGAGCAGCCGGCACGUUCUUACCACUGAGAUGGUGCCUGGCUUUCCGCUGGAUCAGGCUGAGGGACUCUCGCAGGAGCUCAAAAAUGAGAUUUGUAAGAACAUUCUGGUUCUCUGCCUGAGAGAGCUAUUUGAAUUUCAGUACAUGCAAACAGACCCCAACUGGUCCAACUUCUUGUAUGACCCACAAACCCACAAGGUUGCAUUGUUGGACUUUGGUGCAACUCGAGGCUUUGAUGAGAGUUUCACAGACAACUAUAUAGAGAUCAUUAAGGCAGCUGCAGAUGGGGACAGAGAAGGAGUCCUGAAGCACUCAAUAGAUAUGAAGUUUCUCACUGGAUUCGAGUCUAAGGCUAUGGAGAAAGCCCACGUGGAUGCAGUGAUGAUCCUGGGUGAGGCGUUCGCCUCGGACACGCCGUUCGAUUUCGGUGCUCAGAGCACCACGGAGCGCAUCCACAGUCUGAUCCCAGUCAUGCUGAAGCAACGGCUCACGCCUCCUCCCGAGGAAACCUACUCGCUUCACCGCAAGAUGGGUGGCUCCUUCCUUAUCUGCUCACGCUUAAAUGCCAAGCUGAGCUGCAAGGACAUGUUCGAACAGGCUUACAGCAACUACUGGAGCAAGCGGCAGAAGGCGUCCAGCCAGUGAGUGACUGCGUGUGGCUGAUCAUAGGCCAUCAUGUCAUGAGAUUGGAUUUUUAACACUUUUUAGGCUCACCCUACCUGCUGAGCCUGAAUCAUAGCUACAGUUUAUUCUGUUUUAGGGAGAACAUUAUCCAUAAUUAUGUGGCUCAUCCUCUUUUGACAGCAUUUCUACGUUGUCAUUCAGGUGUAUCUUGUGACUAUGUGUAAUGUGCCUACGCAACAGUAUAACCAUGUGAAUCGGUUGCUUUUAAUGAUGGGGAUAUUUUACUGUAAAAGAGAAUACAGUAUAAGUGGAUAGAGUUGUAGAAGGUUGUAUAUUUGAUAACCAUACCAGCAGGUUGUGUAUCUCAUUUCCUGAAUCACUUUUGAUUUUUGUAGCUUAUCUCCAGACCAUGCAUAGGCAUAUAUAGUUUUUUUGUUUGUUUGUUUGUUUUUUAAAUGUCUGAUUCUUGCACAAAGAUAAAGUCAGGACCAGGCCAAGGCUCUACAGAGGGGAAACGUUUGAUGGCUAUCAGCAAUCUAUUGUGUGUUACAGUAUCCUCCAUACGCACAGAUUUGGCCAGUAGUUUAAUAUCAAAAAUGUAUUUUUGUACCCUUAAAAAUUUGCAAGUGUUUGUCUUUUUAAUAAUUUUGCAGUGAUUUAAAAUUAAUUGAUAAGUCUGUUUGGUGUAGUGACAUACAGUGUCAGUAUCUGUAUUAUGAGAUGUAACUCAGAUUUGCAUGCAUUAACUAAAAACACCAUUACUGAAAAUCCUGUAUCUAAAUUUUGCUGUUUUCAUUUUGAUGCCCUGAUUAAUUUAUAAAUGACUAAUUAUUGUGAAUGAUGCAGAUUUUUGAUGUGUGAUUAUACAUGGUAAAUAAUGUGCCUAUAAUACUGAGAAUUAUUCAGUUUUUAGUAUAAACUAAACUUUCUGGGCAAUCAGUUUUUAAUUUUUUUUUCAGUAGUAUUCAUAAAAAAAUCUUGUGAUAAACUUGUUAACAUCAUAAGAUUCCUAUGCAAA